GAAGUUUCAAGGUAGUUAGUUAAACAAAAUAAUUAAACUAAUGAAAUUUCACAGAGCUGGUCACCAAGCUUUGACUUAGCUGCUAUAAGGCUGCUAUAAAUGGAUCUCACUCUCCACUGUUUCAAAAGGCCUAAAAAUGGCAUAAAAUAAAAUAUGAGCAAUUUUUCAUGCGAAGGGCCAUGUGCCUGUUUGUCCUAAGCAAAUGUAACCUGAAACUCACCCAUAUCUCAUAUACUCCAGGUUGGCUGCCCAUCUCUGGACAGGCUGUAUUUGCUCUCCAUUACUCAAUUUACUUUCCUGAACUUGAAGUGGAGUGGAAUUUCAAUGUAGAGUUACCCAUUAGUUCCAGGGCUAAAUUUAAACCUUUAAUUAAAUUAAUCCCUUGAUCUUAAAUGCAUUGCUUCUCCCUCAGAAAAGUGUAUAGAGGUGUCUUAGACAUCACAGAGCUUAAUAAAGUGUGACAAUUGUUCCUUACCGCAUAGGGAAACCGGUACACGUUUGGAGAGAGCUCCUGGUGCCCUCUGGCCUCCCAACCCCCUCAGCCAGCACAGGCAUUUGUUGGGGCUGGGGCCAAGGUACAGCAUUCUGUGUCUCCUCCCAGGUCCAGACUUGCUGUCCAGUCAUUGAAUCCUUGGGCAGGAACCCAUCUUAAAAGAAGACAUGGUAGAUGCCAAACGAAUGUUUAUGAACUAAAUGACAGAAAGUAACUGUGCAUAUUGUUCCAGUUUAUAUGGGAUAAAAAGAGAUCAUAAUCCACAACAUUUGCAGGGUGACUAGAGGAAAAGGGCGUGAGGCCUUUUUAGCUUAUUUUGGUCUUCAUAGAGUAAAAAUUGAUGUUGGCUUUUGCUAAGAAAGAGAUGAAAAGUGACAGCACCAUCAAGUGGGGAUGUAUAAAUUAGCCCGUACAGAAGAUGUUCACCUGUGCCUGGGCUCUGUAUGCACCCAGGGGUGCGCAGUUAUCUCAGGGGCCUGUGAAUGAAUGAGACAUAACCUUAGUCGUUAAGCAACAGCUUUAAGGUGGGACUGACUACGUAAGGGGUUGUGAACCUACUCGUAUAACUAUUAAUAAGGACCUACUUCUCAGGGCCCAACGGCAGCGCGGGGUCCAGUUAACAAGCUCGUGGGCCAGAUCUCAGCUUCCCUCCGAGUAAACCUCCUGUAGACCCAUAACUCUCCCGGGACCACAUCCUCAAGCCGGGACUCCAGGGUUCUGCUUGCACCCCCGCCCGCGAUUCCCGAUUCCUUGUGCGGGCGCGGCGGCAAAACGUGCUUGCUUCCCUUAACUGGCGCCCGCGCACCCCGGGAGCCAAGAACUCCCCGCAGGAAGCUCGGAGUACCUGGACCCGCCGCAGAUAACCCCCGCCCUGUCACCCGCUCGGCUUUCUCUUCCUCCUCCUCCUCUGCCCUUCGCCUCCCGCCGCCUGCCUCCGCGGCCGCCGCCUGCGGCUUUGUUUUCCUCCCAGGUUUCAUUCCCCACACGUGAUACUGUGUUAUUGCAAAGAGCGCUUCGGAGCGCGAGCGCAGGGCGCGCGCACCUAUAAAUACGGACACCGGGUCUGGGAAGCCGAAGACCGUAAGGGUGGGGAGGGCCUGGGACUUGGCGAUCAGCGACCAGCCAGCCAGCCAGCAAGGAAGCAAGCGACCGAGCGAGCGAGCUACACAGCCGCGCGCGUGGGCCCGGGCGGCGGCGUCCCCGGCCGCAGCACCAAGGGGCGAGCAUGGCCCGCCCGCGGGGGGGCCGGGCCGCCGCGCACGCCGCCUGCGCCCCGCGCCCUGCCCAGCCCGGGUCACCGGCGCUCGCGCUCGCUGCUUAGCACUCGGGCGCCGCUCGCUUCUCCGGGCAUCGCGGAAAUACCGCCGCAGACGGACACAAUGGCGGCGACUACCGCCACCACGGCCGCCACCGCCGGCACGGCCGCCUGCAGCAGCAACAGCAGCAGCACCGGCACCGACGCCGCGGGCACCAGCAGACUGCAGCAGCAGCCGCCGCAGCAGCCCCAGCCCGCGACCGCCCCGCCGGCCCAGCCACCGCCGCCCGAGCCCCCCAGGAAGCCGCGCAUGGACCCGCGGCGCCGCCAGGCUGCCCUCUCCUUCCUCACCAACAUCUCGCUAGACGGACGGCCGCCGCUGCAAGACGAGGAGUGGGGCGGCGGCGAGGAGAGUGGCGCGGCCAAGCCCGGCGCCGGCAGCGCCUGCGGCGCGAGGACUCGGCUCAGCCUGCUCGCCGCCGCCGAGCGGGGCGGCUGCAACGCGCUCGCUGCAGCGGGCACGGCGGCGGCGGUAGCAGCUGGAUGGGGCCCCUGCCUCCCGCAGCCUUCGCCGCUGCCGCCGCUGGCCCCCGGCGGCCACGCUCCGGGGUCCGGUCCCGGGGCGGCACGGGGCUUCGUGAGCCCUCUGGGCGCUGGCCGGGCGUCGGGGGAGCAGCUACAGCCGCCCCGGUCUGCGCCUUUCGCCUCCUGUGCUUCGCCGCAGCUGCCCGACGGGCCCGGGGACGGCGGGCAGGAGGAGUUGGAGGAGGACGAUGCCUUUUCCAGCGUGCAGGUGCCGACGGCCGCCUUCUUGGCCUCCGGGACCCCCGGGAGUGGGAGCGGCAGUCGAGGUCGCCUCAACUCGUUCACUCAGGGAAUCCUGCCCAUCGCCUUCUCCAGGCAGACCUCGCAGAACUACUGCUCCCUGGAGCAGCCGGGCCAGGGGGCCAGCACCAGCGCCUUGGAACAGCUGCAGAGGUCCCGACGUCGCCUCAUUUCCCAGAGAUCAUCCUUGGAAACCCUGGAAGAUAUUGAGGAGAAUGCCCCUCUACGGAGAUGUCGAACUCUCUCAGGUUCGCCCAGACCAAAGAACUUUAAGAAGAUUCAUUUUAUCAAGAACAUGCGGCAGCACGAUACCAGGAAUGGCAGAAUAGUCCUUAUCAGUGGCAGAAGAUCCUUCUGUAGUAUAUUUUCAGUGCUGCCCUAUCGUGACAGUGCCCAAGCAGGGGAUUUGAAGUUGGAUGGAGGGAAACAGUCAACAGGUGCCGUGAGCUUGAAAGAGAUCAUUGGCCUUGAAGGCGUGGAGCUGGGAGCUGACGGGAAGACUGUUUCUUACACCCAGUUUCUGUUACCCACAAAUGCCUUCGGAGCCCGGAGAAAUACCAUAGACUCCACCUCCUCCUUCUCCCAGUUCCGUAACCUGAGCCACCGCAGCCUGUCCAUAGGACGCGCAAGCAGCACCCAGGGGAGCCUCGACACAGGUAGUGACCUGGGAGACUUCACGGACUAUGACCCAAAUCUCCUGGAUGACCCCCAGUGGCCUUGUGGCAAGCACAAGCGAGUUCUGAUCUUUCCUUCAUACAUGACCACCGUCAUUGACUACGUGAAGCCCUCAGAUCUCAAGAAGGACAUGAAUGAGACCUUCAAGGAGAAAUUUCCUCACAUUAAAUUAACACUCAGCAAAAUAAGGAGUCUAAAGCGAGAGAUGCGGAAGCUUGCCCAGGAGGACUGCGGCUUUGAGGAGCCCACGGUGGCCAUGGCCUUUGUCUAUUUUGAGAAGCUCGCCCUCAAGGGAAAGCUAAACAAACAGAACCGGAAGCUUUGUGCUGGAGCAUGUGUACUAUUAGCAGCCAAAAUCGGAAGUGACCUCAAAAAACACGAAGUCAAGCAUUUAAUUGACAAACUGGAAGAGAAGUUCCGGCUGAAUAGACGAGAACUGAUUGCCUUUGAAUUCCCAGUGUUAGUGGCCUUGGAGUUUGCUCUUCAUCUGCCGGAGCACGAGGUCAUGCCCCAUUACAGACGCCUGGUGCAGAGCUCCUAGCACAGGCCCUAAGAAGGGCCAGGGACCACUUCCUCUGAGCUUGCAGAACAGCACUUACUACUGGAAAUGCAAAAAUAGAACUUGACAUACCAGCCUUUUUUCCUCUCCACAUGUUUUCGUGUAGGGCAGUACCGGAAACUUUUCAGGGAGUCUUGGUCUGGCUAGCUGGGAUGACCCACGAGCAGUUUAUUACUCAGCGGGGGAAGGGGAGAACCGUGCGUAAGAUGGUACAGGGCCUUUCCCCUGGCGACAUUCUGCAGCUGUCCCCUCCCUGCUGUUCUUCCCGGGCAUGCACAGACCUCGCCAGUGCAGUACAGGGCCUUCUCUCCAGACCUGGUCCAACUCAGUGCAAAGUUCUAGAGCAGAGCGGGGAGGAGAAUUUGCAGCAGCUGGGGGAACGCUUUGAAAACAUACCCUCACUGUGUCAAAAGAGUGUGCCAAUCUAUUUUCGUAUCAGCUCUUGGAAAUGCACUUUCCCCCGGAGCGUGUGAGUGUGAGAAUGUGUGUGUCUGACCGAUAUCACGUCAGCCCUCGGCCCCCAAAGCUGGUCCCGCCCACCAGAGAGCAGACCUCCACCUGGGGUCGUGAGCCAGGCUGACCUUCAGCAGUUAGUUCUAGAUCAGCUCUGGAUCGUAAUCACUCUCUGCUCCACACCUGAUUGUCUGGCAUCCCCUGCCCUUAGAAGGUGACGUAGUUUCUGUUACUGCUCCUACCACCAACGGGACAAAGAUGACAAGUUCGCGGUGUCGGGUCGUGUGGAAAGGCAUGGAGCGUGGUGCUCUAUACCUUUCUGCUGCCACACCUUGUGUAUGCAUUUGACUUUCGCACUUUUCCCACCGUGGAGACGGCUGGGGUUGUGCUCCGUGGUGUGUGUUCCUGUACUCUAUGUUAGAGUGCAUAAUAAGCACGUUUAUUGUGCUAUAUAUAUAUAUAAAUGUUUUAUAAGAUUCCAGAAUAGGGAUAAGACGCAUGAUGGGUGUUUCGAGGCUUCUGACCACUGGGAUAAACUGCUCUUGAGCUGCGGUUCGGUCACCUGAGGAGGCAGCGACGUAUCUGCCACAUAAGGCUGGCUGUGCCGAAUGGGGACUGUAGCUUAUAUGGACUGGCUGGGAUGACAUCACCACACCAUCCCCUUGCAGCCACGAGAGGUGCCUGCUGGAGUUCACCUGACAAGAAAGCCUGUGGCCAUGUAAAAAGAAUUAAAAUAUUUUGUUUCUAUAUA